AUGGAAGAGGUAUUAAAUAACAUCGAAGACACCACAUAUACAAAAAACUCUCCUAUUGCAGGGGCAAAUGUCGUAGAAUGGAAACCAAUAAUAGGUAUGAAGUUUGAAACUGAGGAAGAGGCAUAUGACUUCUAUACAGAAAACUCUCCCAAGGCCGAAACACGAACUGGUUGCCUUGCUCGAAUGCUUAUACAAGUUUCCAAGUAUACGUAUAAGUUUGAAGUUACAAAAUUUGUUGAAAGCCACAACCAUCCAUUGAUGAUUGAUGAAUACAUGCACAUGCUGCCGUCGCAGCGUAGAAUUAGCCGCGUUCAGGCCAUUGAUUUGGAAUUGGCUUCUGAUUCAGGAAUAAGCCCUCGCAAUUCAUAUGAGUUGAUGGGAAGGCAAUCUGGUGGAAAAGAAUCAGUCGGGUACAUGAAAUUGGAUAUGCUAAACCAUAUAAGGACCAGAAGACAAACUGAGCUCGAAUAUGGAGAGGCAGCAUGGCUAAUGAAUUAUUUUGAGACUCAGUCUUGUGAAGAUCCAUUUUUCUUUUAUGCAUUCCAAUUGGAUAAUGAUCAAAUGAUCACUAACAUAUUCUGGGCUGAUUCAAAAAUGAUAGUUGAUUAUUGUAAUUUUGGAGAUGUUAUAAGUUUUGACACAACAUACAAAGUUGUACAUGGCAACCAUCCAUUUGGAAGUUUCUUGGGGUUGAAUCAUCACCAGGAGACCAUUGUGUUUGGAGCAGCGUUCAUGUAUGACGAAACUGCAGAGUCGUUUGUCUGGUUGUUUGAAAUAUUUUUGAAAGCAAUGUUUGGUAAAGCGCCAAAGAUGAUCUUCACUGAUCAAGAUGCUGUUGGGAAAGGCAUUGACGCAGAUUUCUUCACACACUUUGAAAGGCUGUUGUCCGACAAGUGUUACAAGGAGUAUGUAGCCGAGUAUGGGUUACUUCACAAUCUACCUCAACUGAAAACAAACUGUACCAUAUUAGUAGAGGCAGCAAACCUGUACACAAAGUUUAUAUUUAAUAGUUUCCAGGAGAAGUUCUUAGCAGCUGGUGCCAGUUAG